AUGAAAUUCUUUACAGCACUAUUUGUUAUUGCUUUAGUAGUCGUUGUCGCUGAAGGCCAACUAAGCGGUCUAGGUGGACUAGGAAGACUACAGGGACAUGGAGGACCAGGGUUGGUAGGCAAACUAGGAGGUCCAGGUGGUCCACGUGGUCCUCAUCAUGGUGGUCCACAUGGUGGUCCAGGUGGUCCUCAUCAUGGUGGUCCUCAUGGUGGUCAUGGCGGUCCUCCACCUCCACCUCCACCUUCCAACUCAUCUGCUUCACCACCAGAAUCAAGCUCACCCCCACCAGAGUCAUCUCCGGCUGCCGAAUCCUCUUCAUUGGCACCCUCUUCACCAGCGGACGAAUAA